UUAUUAGAGUUAUCUUUGUUGAAAUGGCCAUAGUUGGAAAAUUGUUGAUUGGAUUUCAUACUUUUAGUGCCUUGGUUGUCAAUGUUAAAAUUACUGGUGUAGAUUUACUAUUUUUGUGCCAUGUUGUCCUUUCUAUAAUGCAUCAUUAUUAG